AUGGCAGACAAAUCAGUACCCCCAAGUCAACUCGAAGAGCAAAUUACUACUGGAAAACGAAGAGACCAGCUUCUCAAACAAUGGGGCAAAGAAGCUUGGCGAUACACAGUUGCAAGCGGUGCCCUCGCAGCCAUGCUAAUUCUAAUCGUCAACGUCAUUACUCUUGCCGUUAUGUACACCAAAUACUCACCAGACGGCGAUAAAAUCACCUUCUACAUGGGUAGUUGUCGAACAGCCAAAGUUCUGACAUCCAGUAGUCACCUCAUCGUGAACGUUCUAAGUACUGUGCUCCUAGCGUCCAGCAAUUUCAGCAUGCAGUGCCUAAAUUCGCCCACAAGAAGAGAGAUCAAUAUCGCGCAUGCCCAGCACAAAGCCCUGGAUAUUGGUAUACCAAGCAUUCGCAAUUUGUUCUUUGUGUCGAGGUGGAAGGUGUUGACUUGGAUUGUCCUUGCUACGAGUUCGUUUCCUUUGCAUAUGGUUUGGAACUCGGUUGUUUUUCAGUCGAGGAUUAUUAAGGAAUUUGCUGCUGUGACGAUUUUUGAGAAUUUUACGACGGGUGCGGAGUGGUCACUUCCUCCUGUUAGUUCUAUUGGUGGUGAUGCAUAUCGUGAGGGUUACUUUAAUAUUGUGAAUGAGUUACAGCAGCAAGUGCAAGACGGUGCUCUUGAAACUCUGAGUGUGGAAGAUUGCUAUCAUGAGUAUAUGGAAGCUGGACACGUGCGGAAUGUUCUCUGGGUGAUUGACCCGGAGGACUAUAUCCCUAAAGAUCCUGCUAUCCUUGAUGAUCCAUCGUUCCUCAACAGUCAUUCUUCCGUGUUGGCAGCCUACGACUUGACCUCGAUGGCUGGUGUUGAGGGGUUUUGCGGUCCAAAGGGGGAAUGUGGCGACGAGGACCAUUGGAGCCCUUCUGAAGCUGAUCUAGGAGAUCAAGGUGGUGCUCCGAUUCAGGUCUGCUACACGUCUCCGGCUUCCAAAGAUUGCAAGACCAGUAUUGCUCCAUUGUUUUUGAUCUUGGUCAUUGUUUGCGUUAGCAUCAAGGCUGUCUGCUUCCUCCUCACACUCCAUCUUACCAAAAGAGAUACUCCUCUCUGCACAAUUGGGGAUGCAAUUCAGUCCUUCAUCAACAAACCAGAUAUUCAUACACGCUAUGCAUGUCUUGCUUCGAAAGCAGAGUAUGAGAUCUUCUCGCGCCGGCGCUCUCCCAGGUGGUCAGGCCGUUUGACAUUCGACUCAUCAGAUACAUGGCAUUGUAGACGCCAACGCUGGAUCGCCGCCGUCGAUAAGCGACAAUGGUGGAUUUUCACACUCUCUUGGGCAUCAGGGAUGACUCUGAUUGCCUUUCUUGUGAGUGGGAAGAUAACUCCACGAAAUACCACACUCUUCUCUUCGCCAAUCGACCUCUCCCUUCCAAAUCACAGCCACACUCUUCCCUCAAUGCUAAUCGCCAAUAUGCCCCAACUUCUCAUGUCAUAUGUCUACCUCGGACUAAACAAUAUCAUGAGUACUAUCCUAGCUAUGAACGAGUGGUGUGGAUACUCGGCCGAAUCGGGAAAACCUCCCAAGGGUCUCAGAGUAACAUCUCCAGCACCAGGUACAGAACAACGAUCAACUUAUUUCCUAUCUGUGCCGUAUAAAUGGGGUGUUCCGACUAUGAUUGCUAUGACAAUUUCACAUUGGUUGGUAUCGGAAAUGAUUAUUUUUGGUCAGAGUGAAUUCUGGACGAAAUAUCUACGAAAUUCAGCCCCGAGGCAAAAUAUGGAAUUUCUGUAUGGGCAUGUUCCUGAAAUGGCUCGUGCUGUUCCUGUGAAUGGGGCUAUUUGCUUGAUUCUUGUCAUGGUUUGUUUGUUGAUGAAGUUUCCCGGGGGAAUUCCGUUGGCCGGAUGCUGCAGUGCUAGUAUAGCUGCUGCUUGCCAGCCUUUGGAUCUCCGAGAAGGGUUUGCUCGGGAUCUUGCGCAAAAGAAGUUGAAAUGGGGAGUUGUCUUGCGUCCUGAUGAGACUGAUCCAGCUAUUGGACAUGCAACUUUUACUGCUGACGAGGUUUCACUCUUGGAAUCAGAAAAUAUUUAUGCAUAG